UAUUAAUUAAGAUCUACGUGUCGGGCUGUGUGGCUCCGCGGCAAGGCGGUGGCUUUGUGUUUCGAACUACAUACGAGGUCCUCGGUUCGAGUCCCGACAUCGCGUCGAGCGUCCGACAUUUUUAAUAUGUCUUCUUUAACCAAACCAAAAUCUGAGAUGACGCCGGAGGAAUUGGCGAAAAGAGAAGAGGAAGAAUUCAACACUGGGCCUCUCUCUGUUUUAACACAAUCAGUCAAGAAUAAUACCCAAGUAUUAAUAAAUUGCAGGAAUAACAAAAAGUUAUUAGGACGAGUAAAGGCUUUUGAUAGACAUUGCAAUAUGGUUUUAGAAAAUGUAAAAGAGAUGUGGACAGAACUUCCACGUACAGGAAAGGGCAAGAAAAAGGCAAAACCGGUAAAUAAAGACAGAUUUAUUCCAAAAAUGUUUCUACGUGGAGAUUCUGUCAUCUUGGUUUUGAGGAAUCCACUGGCGACUGCAGCAGGAAAGUAAUAAUUUAAGAAUCACUUUAAUUUUAUGAUU